AUGCCUACACCACCGCUGCUCUUGGCCGUGCUGGCCACACUGGCCGCUGCGGCUCACCCCAGCUGCUCUCCUGGACCUGACCCCUCCGGUAAAUGUCAGAGGCUGGCCUCUACACACAGUGACACCUGUGUGGACCUGCAUCUCAGGACCUGUGCGGAUGCAGCCUACAACCAGACAUCAUUCCCCACACCUCUAGAGCACCGGUCAUGGGAGGCAGUGGAGUCCAGCCCUGAGUACAUUCUUCUGGGUGUGCUGCACUUUCUCUUAGAGGGCCAGUGCAACCCUGACCUGCGACUGCUGGGGUGCUCUGUGCUGGUCCCCCGAUGUGAGGGAGGUCAUACCCAAAGGCCCUGCCGGCAUGUCUGUGAGGGUCUUCGGGAGGCCUGCCAGCCGGCCUUUGAUGCCAUCGACAUGGCCUGGCCCUACUUCCUAGACUGUGCCAGAUACUUCACACCAGAGGAGGAAGGUUGCUAUGAUCCUCUGGAACAGCUUCGGGGAGAUCUGGAUGCUGAGGAAGCCCUGCCUUCAGGCCUGCCACCUACCUUCAUUCACUUUGCCCACCACUCCUAUGCUCAGAUGGCCAGGGUCCUGAAGAGGACAGCAGCUCGCUGUUCCCAGGUGGCCAAGACCUACAGCAUUGGGCGCAGCUUUGAAGGCAAGGACCUGCUAGUCAUCGAGUACUCAAGCCGCCCAGGCCAGCAUGAGCUGAUGGAGCCCGAAGUGAAGCUCAUUGGCAACAUUCAUGGCAACGAAGUGGCAGGACGGGAGAUGCUCAUCUACCUGGCCCAGUAUCUGUGCUCUGAGUACCUUCUGGGCAACCCCCGCAUCCAGCGCCUGCUCAACACCACCCGCAUCCACCUGCUGCCAUCCAUGAACCCCGAUGGCUACGAGGUGGCAGCUGCAGAGGGUGCUGGCUACAACGGCUGGAUCAGCGGGAGGCAGAAUGCACAGAACCUGGAUCUAAACCGCAACUUCCCUGACCUGACAUCGGAGUACUACCGGCUGGCCUCCACUCGUGGUGUGCGAACAGACCACAUCCCCAUCUCACAAUACUACUGGUGGGGUAAGGUGGCCCCUGAGACCAAGGCCAUCAUGAAGUGGAUACAGACCAUUCCCUUCGUCCUCUCAGCCAGCCUGCAUGGGGGUGACCUGGUGGUGUCCUACCCCUUCGACUUUUCCAAGCACCCCCAUGAGGAAAAGAUGUUUUCUCCCACACCUGAUGAGAAGAUGUUCAAGCUGCUGGCAAGAGCCUAUGCUGAUGUCCACCCCAUGAUGAUGGACAGGUCGGAGAACAGGUGUGGGGGCAACUUCUUGAAGCACGGGAGCAUCAUCAACGGGGCAGACUGGUACAGCUUCACUGGAGGGAUGUCUGACUUCAACUACCUACACACCAACUGCUUUGAGAUCACAGUGGAACUAGGCUGUGUGAAGUUCCCGCCAGAGGAGGCACUCUACGGCCUGUGGCAGCACAACAAGGAGCCCCUGUUGAACUUCCUAGAGAUGGUGCACCGGGGCAUCAAGGGUGUGGUGACGGACAAAUAUGGAAAGCCAGUCAAAAACGCGAGGAUUCUAGUGAAAGGCAUCCGCCAUGAUGUCACCACAGCCCCUGAUGGUGACUAUUGGAGACUCCUUCCCCCGGGUUCCCAUAUCGUCAUUGCUCAGGCCCCUGGCUACUCCAAGGUUAUGAAGAGAGUCACCAUUCCCUUGCGCAUGAGGAGGGCCGGCCGCGUGGACUUCAUCCUCCAGCCUCUAAGGACAGGACCUAAGAACUUCCUUCCUGGACCUUCAAGAGCUUCACCCUGGUCCCAAAAUUCACAGGGGGAGGCUGCACAGCUGGAUUUUGAGCCCCCCAGGGCACGUAGGCAGCCAGCUAGUGGGAGCAAGCCGUGGUGGUGGUCUUACUUCACAUCACUGACCCCAUACAAGCCACGAUGGCUGCUCAAGUACUAG